GUGGAGAGGUUCAAGAGCGCGCUCUGGGCGUCGCGCUGGAGAUGGCUUCGCAGAUGCUGGACCGUUGCGUAACUCUGAUAUCCGCGCAGGUCAGCUCGCCACGUCUUUUCGUGCCUCCAGAUGUACAAGUCAUGUUACCUGCACUCAAGGUCUUUUGCGACUGGUUACUAUGUCAUAUCAAUAUUUGGAACCCACCGCCAUUCUCAAGGGAUUUACGAAUUGCCUCCACGGUGGACAUGUGGACUAAAUUAGCUGAUUUAAUUGGGUUAUUAGAGCAGUUGGAUCACAAACAUGCCCUCCUGACUUCUGAGGUUAAAGAAGGGCACAGCAUCGUCCGUCUUCAAGAAGAUGUAACCCUCUGCGGGUUCAUGCCCUUGAUGUAUGCGGCUCCCGAGGACGUCUACGCGCCCGACACUAUUGAUCCCGAAGCGGCUCAGGUCGCGCUGCGACUACACAAGAUCCAAUUCUUUGGUAGCGAAUAUCUCUGCGGAGUUGACCCACCAAUUCUGAAGCCUGUUUCACGAGGAAGAAAAGUUUUUAAAUACGUAUCGAAUUUGCGCGAUUUGGAAGAACGUGAAGUCGAAAAACCCAUAAAAGUUGUUUUCGACGAACCCGAAGAAAAGAAACCUGUGAAAAUAGAAUACGAUUUCGAAAAUGAUCCCACUAUCACGGAGGAGACGAAACGUCUCUUGAUCAGGAAGAGAGAAUUGGAACGCGAAAAGAUGUUAAGGGAACAACGAGAAAAACGUUACCAGGAAAUACUUGAUUCGGCUAACGAAAUUUUGGAGCUAGAAAUCCGGCCCAAGUUCUUGGUGCCUGAUACAAAUUGUUUUAUAGACUAUAUGCAGGACAUGCAAAACAUUGCGGCCUGCAGUUUCUUCACGUUAAUGGUUCCAUUAAUAGUGCUUAAUGAGCUCGAGGGACUGUCGCAUGGUAACGUACAUAACAAUAGAGAAGAGGUCGCCAUAAAAGCGACUAUUGCAUUGAAACUGCUUCGCGAAAAGCAUCCUCAUAUAAAAUUUUUGACAACUCGCGGCAAUAUAUUAAUAAAACCCGCAUUCACCGCCGAGGAAACUAAGAAAACUAACGAUAUUCACAACAACGACGAUCGAAUAUUGGCGUCGGCUCUGAGCCUUUGCAAGCGGGAUGUUACGAUUGAAACAGAGGCAACGGGCUCGAAGCCGAAAAUCACGAGGAUCAAGAGGGAGGUCGUUCUGCUCACGAUGGAUCGGAAUCUCCGCGUCAAGGCCCUCGCGGCUGAUAUGCCGGUGCGACCGCUGCCGGAAUUCGUUCAGUGGCUGUUUAGCGAUUAAUGCACAAACUUAUUAGCUUUAAGGAUAAGUUGUAUGUGAGUACAACUUG